AUGAAAGCAGCCAUCUACAGAGACUUUGGGGGGCAAAUAUGCGUUGAGGAUGUUCCCAUUCCUCAGAUCGCUAGUGACGGAAUUUUGGUUCAAGUCAAGGCUACGGGCGUCUGUCGCAGUGAUUGGCACGGAUGGAAAGGACACGAUGGAGAUGUACGACAUCACGGUCUGCCUUUUUGUCCUGGUCAUGAACUCAGUGGAAUAGUUGUCAAAUCGGGCCCAAACGUUUCCAAUCUAUUAGUCGGCGAUAGAGUUGUUGCACCGUUUAUAUUGAGUUGCGGAUCAUGCCACUACUGUGACAAUCAUCGGUCCACCGUUUGUUUGAAACAAGAACAGCCAGGAUUCACAUUCUGGGGAUCCUUUGCAGAGUACGUAUCGAUUCCGCGAGCGGACUGGAAUGUGAAGAAGUUACCGAACAACGUUUCCUUUAUCCAGGCAGCCGCGUUGGGUUGCCGGUUUACUACAGCCUACCGAGCCGUGCUCCAGCAAGGUAGAUUCCAGGCUGGUGAAACUAUUGCUGUUUUUGGGUGUGGGGGUGUGGGUUUGUCCUGUGUAAUGAUUGCUGCCGCAAAAAAAGCACACCGUAUUAUAGCGGUUGAUGUGUCAAAACGAGCACUAGAAAAGGCCAAAGAUCUGGGCGCAACCCACGUGAUCCUUUGCAAUGACAAUACGCAGGUCCGAAACGAGGUUAAAGAAUUGGGCCCAGUGGGUGAUGGAGCCGACGUCUGCAUUGACGCCGCUGGGUUCCCGUCAAGUUGUGAAAAUGCCGUGCACUCUACUCGUCGUGCCGGUCGCAUGGUGCAAGUGGGUCUACCGAUUGGCGACGUCUCACCAAACAUACCCAUGGGACUAGUUGCAGGAUGGGAGAUCGAGAUUUUGGGCUCUCACGGCUUUGCAGCAGACAAUUUGUGUUCAUUGUUGGAGAUGAUUUCUAAUGGCUCGUUGAAUCCAGGCAAUCUGGUCGAAAAACAAGUGAGCUUAGCGGAAGGAGCACAAUCGCUGAUAGACAUGGACCAUGGA